AUGUUUCGCUCGUGGCCUCAUCAGGCCCAACCAGACUUCAACUGGUUUCCAUUCAAUAGCGCAACUGGCAACAGACCUAGCAUCAACCUGAACAACUUCGGGCCCUACCCUCGCGGUCCUGCCACUCCAGUCUUUGCAAAUCCAGGACCCCGUAUCUUCGACUUCUCGCAGCUGUUCAACAUCACCAACAACAACUUCGGUCCCGCGCCCCUACGCCCUAAGCAGUCAGGCCGGAUCCGCAACCGAGUCACCGUCCUCCUCCCCGACGGCUCGCGGGCUCUACUCGAGCGCGACCUGCUCCACGAACACCUCCCUCGGACCCGGGACUUCAUGCAGCAGGGACUCUUUCCCGUCCCCGAGUUCCUCCGAGGCUACGAUGAUGGCUUUAUGGGAACCCUGAUGGAACCCCAUUAUUUUGACCAAGCCUUCGCCCGUGGCGCCACCUUCAUCUUUCGACAUCUCGAAGGCCUAAGCCACGCAUACGCGCCGCCUUACGGUGCCACAGCCGCGAGCGCAGGCGUAGGCGGUGGUACUCGAGGCGGCGCGCCUUUUGACCUGUUUGCCCGGCCGCGCUACCUCCUCGCAAACGCCCGCGAUCGACUCGUGACGGUCCAGGAGAUAUUCUGGCACGUCUUUAUACUCUGCUGCGUGCUGGAUCAGGACCGGGCCUUUGGCUGUUCAGAUUCGCUGGCGAGACCGAUCGCGGAAUUCCUCGUCGACUUCUUGCCGAGCGUGGAGGCGUUUCUGCCCCCAUCGGCGAUGCAGAUCCUGUUUGUGGGAUACGCUCGCGUCUUUCGUGAGUCCUUGUUCGAGAUGGACCUGUUGAGGCAGAUGUGGGAGUCGAUGGAUUUUAUGGGCCAAACACACAUUAGGGGGUUGAUGGGGCCGCAGUUGGCGAGGAAUGGGAUGGGAAAUAAUGUGCAGAGAGUGUGGACUGCUCUUAGGCACCUUGGUCUUGUCUGA